AUGGACACAUACGAAAUGCAGAGUAAAAUGGAUAGAGUGAGCAACUUGCCAGACUCACUGAUAUUUGAGAUACUCUUAAAUCUCUCCACAAAAGAUGUGGUCAAGACUAGUUUGUUAUCAAGCAGAUGGAGAAAUCUUUGGCGAUUCGUACCUGGUUUGGACUUGGAGUAUGGUUAUUUUCGAAAACACGAUGCUUUCGUGAGUUUUGUCGAUGCGUUUCGGUUUAACAGCGAUUCUUGCAUGCAAAACUUCAAGUUAAAGUGCAAUUGGGAUUAUGUGUUUAAGCCUGAUGUUAAGCGGUGGAUGGACACUGUUGCUAAGCGGAGAAUUCAGCAUCUUCAUGUUGCUGACAUAGACUGGGAAGACGAUGAAAUGCAGAUACCUCCAACCAUUUACACAUGCAAGAGCUUAGUGUCCUUAAACAUCUAUGGCAUUACCUUGCCUACUCUCAAGUUUGUUUCUUUACCUUGUCUCAAAGCUAUCGUUCUAGAUACGGUUAAAUUUGCCAGCGAUUCGGCUUUAGAAACGCUGAUCUCGGGCUGCCCGGUUCUCGAAAGGUUAGAUAUGGAGAGGAGUCUCGGUGAUUAUACCGUUGUUUUACGUGUUCGUUCUCAGUCUCUGUUGAGCUUCACUAUUAUUGCGGACUCUGAAUAUUUGGUUGAAGAUCUUGUAGUUGUGAUUGAUGCUCCUAGACUUAAGUAUCUGAGGCUCUGUGAUGACCGAACCGCGAGUUUCAUACUUAACAAUAUGAGUUCCCUUGUAAAAGUCGAUAUCGACGCUGUGUUUAACUUGUUUUUGGAAAAGAAGUUUGAUCCUAAUGAUAUCCAUAAGAGACAUAUGAUUCGUAAUUUUCUCGCUGAGAUCUCUGGUAUCAAGGAUAUGAUCAUCGUUUCGAGGACUCUCGAGGUCAUUUAUGAGUACUCAAGAUGUGAACCAUUACCCUUGUUCCGAAACCUAUCCUUCUUGCGUGUUGAGUUCGGUGGCUAUAGGUGGGGAAUGUUGCCAAUUUUUCUUGAGAGAUGCCCCAAUCUAAAAUCUCUUGUAGUGGGAUCUAUUACCUAUGAGGAGAGUGUGGGGAUUGAUUACAUUGUUCCCGAAUCUCGGUGUUUCCUGACAUCUCUAGAGUAUGUUGAGAUCAAAAGGCCUUUGAAAGGGGAGGCGAUGGAGAUGGAGCUAGUGAGUUACUUACUUGAGAACUCACCAGUCCUCAAGAAACUCACUAUAUGCUUGGAUGGUUCCAAAAAUAAACAAGAAUGUGUUAUCCUCAAGAAACUCCUUACCAUUCCAAGACUCUCUACCUCAUGCCAAGUAGUUGUUCUCUGA